AUGCUAACUGCAUGGAUGAACGAUAACGAUACAAAUAAAUGGUCAGAUGGUUUAUCCUUUGUUCAAUUUGCCAAGAACACUACAUACCACGACGGAAUACGCCAAAGUCCUUAUGAAGCCAUGUUUGGCGUUAAAGCAAAAAGAGGCAUAGCAUCGUCUUUUUUGCCUGGCGAACAAAUCGCAAAUAUUGAAACUGAAGAACAACUCGAAGAAAUUGCCAAUACUUCUGAAACCGAAGAACAGCUUGAAGAAACUGUUAAUGCUUAUAAAAAAAAUUUGAGCGGUGGUCAUACUGAAAACCAUAUUCCAAAGAAAAAUAUUGAAGAGGACCUACAACCUACAACGUCUUCACAUCAAAUUCUGACUGAAAAACACGAGUUGAUUUCUACAAAAAGAGCGGCCGCGAAAGAAAAUCUUCUACUGCAAGCAACAAAAAUGUUACGAACCUCACAAAAACAAUUUCCUCCUGCUCAAAUUGGUGAUAAUGUACGAAUACAAGUCCCUGAUGUCGACCGUGGUCGUACAGAUAGCCGAAAUGUGUUAGCGGUUGUUGUUGGAAUAGAAGACUCCGACUUCUAUAAACUGGCAAAUAAAAAUGGUACCCUCAAGCAGCUUUACACACGUAAUCAGUUCGUAAUUUGUAAAGAAAAGUUACUUUCCAUAAAUGAGAUUUCUUUUCAAGAAAUGUCGCUGAGAGAAGCAGCUGUAGCUAAUUCGAGAAGCGGGGGACAAGGCUAUACACGCUGUCAUUGCAAAAGAAAGUGUUCCACAAAUAAAUGCAGUUGUAAAAGCAAGGGACUCUUGUGCAAUUCAAAGUGUCAUAAUAGUUUGUUGUUGCAAUAA